GUAUUUAGAGAAGAACGUAGAAACUGAAGUAUACUGGUGCAGGUAUCGAAAGCGGAAGUGUGUUAAUGUCAAUAUUCGGAUAACGAUCACAGCUUGUGCGUGCUGGUGGCAUCUAGCGGCAAGGUGUUAGGCGUUAGGUGGUUGUUUUGCUGCCCGGCGGAAAAGCGGACUGUAGUGCAAACUGGAGGUGUGGUUUUAUGUUUUGAUACCGGGAACGUAACGUUUUCAUCGUUUUUGUUUUGUUGACUUGUGCACACACAUACGUAUUGUUUUCAUCUGGUUGUUGUUAAACACUUCAAGACAUCAGAAGCCCUGCCAUUCUGAAGUGAUGCAUUAGUAUAAUGGGCAGUGGGCAUAGUGUAUGAAGAUUAAAUUUGUUGUGCUGUUUCCAGUUUUACAUUAUCCGAUAAGGUUGUCAUCACAUUGAAGGAUCUCUAUGAGAAAUGUCUCAAGAACAGAGGACUCUGCGAAGGGCAGUCAGACAGUCUCUCUGUUUCAGGUGCCACGCGCCAACCAACAUGUUCCCAUUAGCGCAAAGUCCACAAUUUCCGCAGGCUCAUUCGUUUGGUAAUGCAAGUUUGACGCAGACAUCCACGGUGCUAUUGUCACCUGUUGUGGAAGGUACAAUAUGUCAACCACCAAUGAUCACCGCAAGCAGGUGCAAUAAUGUGUCAGCUGCAGGCAUUACAAGAUUUGAGAAAGAAAAAGUUGUUUACACCUGGACAGUUACGGGCAUAAAGAACUGGCCCGAGGACGUGAGCAGCAUAGCAUCUACUUCUUUCCGUCACCCAAAUUCAAGCGAGUGGUGCAUGGUGCUGUCGAAGAAAGGCAACGAGUUGCAUCUCUGUUUCUGGUUGAAAGUAAGCAAGGAACCUGCCAAAGCAAACCUGAAAGCUACACUUUCUUUAGGUGGAGACGAGAAACGCGAAGUGUAUCCGCCGUUAUACUGUACACUUAAAGGGGGUGAGAAGUCAGCACCAAAGUCUAUCAGUGACACCUUUCCCAUUACAGAUGGUUACAGGAAUGUGGGUGACAGUUUGACAUUCGAGUGCGAGGUGGAGAUUAUGUGCAUUGUGUGGGACGAGUUGCCAAGCGCUUCUGCUCUGGAGACUGAGCCCGGCCUCGCUAGAGACUUCGGUAAUUUGUUGGAGUCCCAAGAUUUUUCAGACUUCAUUCUGCAAGCUGGAGAUGUCAAAUUCAAAGCGCACAAGGCAGUGCUGUCCACCCGCAGCCCUGUCUUUGCCAGAAUGUUGCAGCAGGAUAUGAAGGAAGCACAAGAAAACUGCGUCUACAUCGAGGGCGUGGAACCGGGUGUGGUGGCAGAGGCACUGCGUUACAUGUAUACAGGCCGCGCGCCGGCACUGUGCGAUAUGGCCCGAGGCUUGCUGGUGUUUGCAGACCGUUACGACCUGUGUGAGCUAAAGAGCCAGUGCGAGGUGGAGCUGUCGAGGCGCCUCACCAUAGACAAUGCCGCCAAUUCUGCAGUCUUUGCUGUGGUCAACUCAUGUGAUGCCCUACUCAAGGCUUCUGUAGCUUUCAUAAAGCGGCAUAUUGAGGAGGUGAUGGGCACUACAGGCUGGAAGGAUGCCCUCCACAGCGACCCAGGCUCUGUCGAAAAGAUCAGUCAGCUCAUCGCAGCUGGUUCCCAGAGUAAAUCCGAUGAUGACUCUGCAAAGAAGAAUGUAAUUGAAAAACCAUUGGACGGCAUACACUGGAAUUAGUAUGCAACAUGAAACUUGAUGCGGCACCUAAGUUUUGUGUUCUGUGACGGGUUCCUGUGCUGCUAUGCAUGUAAUGGGUGACAGACAAGGAUCCAAGAUGAGAAGUCCGCUUGAAGUUUGGAGGGCAGUAUAACGUGAUUAUUAUUAUUAUUUCUUUGUAAUACCCUGUAUCUUGUGAAAUUGAUUCACAACUUAUUACUGUAGUGUAGUUAGGUUACCAAAUUUUGAUAUGCCUAAAAGUUAUAUAAUUCCUUCAAGUAUUUAAAUGUAUGUGUUUCCUCAUUAGUAACUUCAUACAUUGUAUGAAUAAAUGUAUUGUUUAUUGAUAUUAAAAACUAUUUCGAUACUGUGA